AUCGCCAGAGCGCGUCAUAUGGCGGCUGUGCUGGAGGAGGAGGAGGAGGCUGAAUGCUGGGACAUUUAACGCUCGUCGUUUAUAAAUAGAUUAAAGAACUCUUAUUCUCCAGCAUCAGUUCGAAUCGAGCAGACGCUGCUUCCGUUGUGUGGCAGAUAGUGCCUGUGCGUGUGACCUCCUUGAACCGACAAUGUGUGGCAUGUAAUGACGUGGAAAUGUUGAAGAAGCAAGUGUUUUUUGGCAUCCUCCUGAUUUGUGCCUUUGUGUGCAUCUACGGCGAGGAUGAGGAUGAGAAAGAGGCUCAAGAUGAGUAUCAGCCACCGACAGUGCUUGUGGCACUGCUGGUUCGCAACAAGGCGCACAUUCUGCCCAUGUUCCUCAGUUAUUUGGAGCACCAGGACUAUCCCAAGGAUCGCAUAGCCUUUUGGCUACGGUGUGAUCACAGCAGCGAUGACAGCAUUGACCUGCUGAAGCAGUGGCUGAAACACUCAGGAGAUCUCUAUCACAGCGUGAACUACGCCUUUGACAGCGAUGGGCCGCAUGGCUAUCAGAACGAGAGCUCGCCUUACGACUGGACGGUGUCGCGUUUCAAGCAUGUGAUUGCCCUGAAAGAGGAGGCAUUCACAUAUGCCCGCGAUAUUUGGGCUGACUUUGUGUUUUUUCUCGACGCUGAUGUCUUGCUAACAUCGCAGCAGGCACUGCGUACGCUCACAGCCCUGAGGCUGCCAAUUGUGGCACCCAUGCUGCUGUCUGAGAGCUUGUACUCGAACUUCUGGUGUGGCAUGACGGAGGAGUACUACUACCAGCGUACCGACGAGUACAAGGAGAUCUAUCAUGUGAAGAAGGUGGGCAGCUUUCCGGUCCCCAUGGUCCACACUGCUGUUCUCGUGGACAUGAACCACAAGGGUGCCCGUAAUCUCACCUUUGAUCGCCAACGUUUGCGGGACAUACAGCAGAGCAACCAACAGCUGGAUCAGCCUCUCUACGAAGGCCCUGCGGAUGAUAUCAUUGUGUUUGCCAUGUCUGCCAACAGCUCGGGCAUUCCCCUACAUGUCUGCAAUGAACUGACCUUUGGGUACAUCCUGCAGCCGCUGGAACCCGGUGACACCCUUGAGCAGGACCUGCAAAUGCUAUUAAACAUCAGAGCCAGCAUGGUUAGCGAUUUGGGUGCGGUGCCCCCAGUCCUGGAGUACUUUCAGCCUCUGAUCAAGACGCCCGAGAAGACAAAGCUGACCCUCGAUCACAUAUUCAUGAUCAAUCUGGAACGACGGCCGGAGAGGCGUCAAAAGAUGGAGAAUCUGUUUGAGGAAAUUGGUCUGCAGGUGGAACACUUUCCCGCCGUCGAUGGCAAAGAAUUGAACUCGGAUCGUGUGCAGGAGAUGGGGAUACGAUUCCUUCCCGGCUACGAGGAUCCCUACCAUCAUCGCGCCAUGACCAUGGGCGAGAUUGGCUGCUUCCUCAGCCACUACCGCAUCUGGGUGCGAAUGGUGCAGCUCGAGCUAAAAGAAGUGCUCAUCCUCGAGGACGACAUACGUUUCGAUCCGUACUUCCGGGCCAAUGCCGUGCGUGUACUGAAUCAGGCAAGGAGCGUGGUGGAGUACGAUCUCAUCUACUUCGGACGCAAGCGUCUCAAGGAAGAGAGCGAACCGUGGGUAGCCGAUGCCGAUAGUCUCGUCCAUGCUGGCUAUUCCUACUGGACCCUCGGCUAUGUCCUCUCUCUCCAAGGCGCCCUGAAACUGCUUGCUGCCAAGCCACUCGAGAAGUUAAUACCCGUUGAUGAGUUCCUGCCGGUGAUGUUUGAUCGCCAUCCCAACAAGACCUGGACCGCUGCCUUCAAGAAGCGCGACCUCAUCGCCUUGAGUGCCGCCCCCUUGCUGCUCUAUCCCAUACACUACACAGGCGAAUCAGGCUACAUUUCGGACACGGAGGACUCCCAGCAGAUAAAUGUGCAAACCACUGAAGGUGUGGCGCGUCUGAAGAGCGAUCGCGAGCAAGUGUUUGUGAAGAAAGGCGACGACGGCAUACUCGAGCAGCAGUUGAAAAUGGGCGAGAGUUUGUCCAAUGUACUGCCAGGCAAAACUCACCAAGAGCUCUAAGAAGAAGACGGAAAAAGCUCUCUAAUGAACUUCCCAAGAAUUUUAGCAUGCCAAAUGUUUGUAGAUUAAGUUAUCCUUAAAGAGAAAAGCCAAAAACGUGCCUUAAAACGUAUCCUCCACCAACAGAAAACUAUUCCGCAACGAAUGAUCAAAAAUUAGUUUUAAGACUUUGUUCUGCUCUCUAGAUAAAUUCUGCGGACUUAAAAACGCGUAUAAUUAGUACUUUCAGCCAACUGUUCCCACAUGAUGCUCGAUACGCACAAGUGAAUGUUGUAAAAGAGAAUCCCAUAGAAUUGAAAAACGAACAAAAGUCGUUUGUUUUAAAAACAUUCCGAGAAAGAGAAUGAACAGAUAGUACCCACAAAAGCAAUUAUCCAACAAAUUAAUACCUAAUUAUUUGCACAAAGUAUAUAUACAUAUUACUAAAGAAAACCAUUGACAUAGCUCUUAAGGAGUGUUUUCUAAACUGACCAUGGACUCGAUUAACUCGAUUUUAUUUCGUACUAUAAAAACUGUAAACGCUUAAAAUUUAAA